UCGAACGACCGUCGGUAAAUAUAUAGUGUAAAAACCCCUCGUCCAUCGUCUCUGGUAUCCAUCGCUCCGCGGAUUAAGGGAAAAAGGAGCUUCUUUUCGUCCGUGUCACUCCUCUUCUCUCCGGGGGAGCUCGCCCAUGGCUUCUGCGCGAAAGGAAGCGGAGGCGAGGCUUCUUGUCUCGUCCCCACCACUGGACUCCGAGGAAUCCGAUGAGGAGAGAGCCUACGACUCCGACGAGAAGGUCGCGAUCUCGAUCUCUGACGAGGACGAGUAUGCCGCGGCGGAGGCGGCCGGCUCCGUGCCCCCCUUCUCAUGGCGGAAGCUCUGGCGCUUCACCGGCCCCGGGUUCCUCAUGUGCAUUGCGUUCCUGGAUCCCGGGAACCUGGAGGGCGACCUCCAGUCCGGGGCGAUCGCGGGGUACUCCCUGCUGUGGUUGCUUCUCUGGGCGACGGUGAUGGGGCUACUGAUCCAGCUGCUCUCGGCCCGGCUUGGGGUGGCGACGGGGCGGCACCUGGCGGAACUGUGCCGGGAGGAGUACCCGGCGUGGGCGCGGGUGGCGCUCUGGUUAAUGGCCGAGCUCGCCCUCAUCGGGGCCGACAUCCAGGAGGUCAUUGGGAGCGCAAUCGCCAUCAAGAUACUCAGCGGCGGGUCGAUCCCUCUCUGGGGCGGGGUUAUCAUCACCGCUCUGGACUGCUUCAUAUUUCUGUUCCUCGAGAACUAUGGUGUGAGAAAAUUAGAAGCUUUCUUUGGGGUUCUUGUUGCAACAAUGGCUAUUUCCUUCGCUAUAAUGUUCGGUGAAACCAAGCCCAGUGGAAAGGAGCUUCUAAUUGGUGUUACAGUCCCAAAACUAAGUUCGAAAACCAUAAAGCAGGCUGUGGGGGUUGUCGGUUGUAUCAUUAUGCCCCACAAUGUGUUCUUGCAUUCUGCUCUGGUACAGUCAAGAAAGAUUGAUACCAACAAGAAGUCUCGUGUUCAAGAAGCAAUGAAUUAUUAUACCAUAGAAUCAUCCGUUGCUCUUGCUCUUUCCUUCUUCAUCAAUAUCUGUGUUACUACUGUUUUUGCAAAAGGAUUUUAUGGUACUCAAGUAGCCAGCACUAUAGGCCUUGAGAAUGCUGGGGAGUUCUUGCAAGAGAAAUAUGGGACCAUGCUGUUUCCUAUUCUUUAUAUAUGGGGAAUUGGUCUGUUAGCAUCCGGGCAGAGCAGCACAAUCACUGGCACUUAUGCUGGACAAUUUAUCAUGGGAGGCUUUCUCAAUCUUCGAUUGAAGAAAUGGGUUCGGUCGUUGAUUACUAGAAGCUUUGCAAUUGUGCCAACCAUCAUAGUUGCUUUAUUUUUUGAUACCGAGGAUUCUACUAUGGAUACUCUGAAUGAGUCACUCAAUGUGCUUCAGUCUGUUCAAAUACCAUUUGCACUCAUUCCACUCCUUACUUUGGUCUCAAAGGAACAAGUUAUGGGAGCUUUCAGGAUUGGUCCUAUUACCAAAGUGGUAUCCUGGAUUGUCGUCGCGUUUCUGAUAAUUAUCAAUGGUUACCUUUUGGUGGAUUUCUUCUCUGCUGAAAUUAGGGGGCCAUUUCUUGAGUCUUCUGUUGGAGCUGCUUUGGUGGUGUAUGUGGCAUUUGUCAUUUAUCUCAUCUUGCGCAGUUGUGCUUUGUUUUCUCGGCAGAAGAAUUUCUCAAGCUCCAGCAACUGAUCAAAAAAUGGUUUCGCUCUGUCUUCACAAGCAAACAGUAGGAGAUGAGCUUAUGGUAAAGUUGUAUGAUUUAGAAGGGGUUUUUUCUUGUUUUGCCAAUAAAUUACCAUCUUGCACUUUUAUCAUCACAUCUCUGUUGUAUACAAGCAAGCCUACCGUAUGCCCCUCUGCUUGAAGAAACAUGCUGCUGUCAAGUUUAUGGAUAUUGCAUUCUAACAAGGCUUCUGGGCUGUACAUUGCCUACCUCCAUUGGAAGGUUGUCUUUAGCAAUUCCUCUCCAGUUGGACUCCAUAGAAAAGUAACUGUUCACCUGCUGCUAAUGUUCAUAUCUGAUGAGGAAAAAUGAUGUCAGAUCGAGUAGGAAGUAAACUGUCUGAUGUAUGUAUGAUACAUUAAAAUUAGAAUGGCAGCAUAAUGGAAUGUUAGUAUUAUUAUGUUCGCAUUUCUUUUUCUCAUUGAAAACUUUUGUUUCGUCUAAGCUUCUA